AUGUUAGCUUGGCCAGCAAGGUUGGCACUGCUGGCCCUGGUGCAGGUCGCUGAAAGUUCUCAGGAAACCUUUCGUGUUGCCAGUCCCAGGUUUAGUCACGUCGGAGAUGCAACGACUAGUUCGGCGCACUCCAAGAAAGUGAGGCGCAGCUUCUUGAGACGAUUCAAUGGGAAGGAUGCCUUUGCGCGCUCCAAAAGUAUUGCAAUUAUCCCGCAACCCAAGAACAUGGAAGUCCUUGGGGGUGAUGAUCUCGUUUUUCAUUCUGGUGCCUUGCGCCUUUCAGUGCCCAGCACGGUGGAAUCGGAUGCUUUCUAUGAGCACGUGAUUGGGAAGACUAACUUGAAAGUCGAUGCGCAAGUGGAUCUGCCGCAGAUCAUUUUGGAAGUCCAGAGGGGCCCGCAAAACCCGCAGCCUGAGAAAUACACCUUCUUGGUGUCCUCUGAGAACGAAGUGCGAAUUACUGGUAGUACGAGUCACGGUCUCUUCAAUGGCCUGAUGACUCUGCGGCAGCUUUUCGUUCAAGGUGAUGCUGGAGAGUGGAGGCUCCCUCAGGUCAAAAUCAGAGACGAGCCAGAACAUGAAUGGCGUGGGUUGAUGCUGGAUGUGAGCCGGCACUUUUUCAAUGCCAGCGAGGUGAAACAUUUACUGCGCACCAUGGCUUCCUUUAAGAUGAACCGCUUUCACUGGCACUUGUCUGACGACCAGGGCUGGCGCAUUCCGAGCCAAAAAUAUCCAAAACUGACAGAGGUUGGAGCUUGGAGGGAAGGCACCCAGAUCGGACACAACAGGUCGAUCCAUGACCACGUGCGUUAUGGAGGCUCUUAUACUGCGGACGAGAUGAGAAGCAUCGUUGCGUAUGCCAAAUCGCUGCAUAUUGAGAUCAUCCCAGAGAUUGAUUCGCCCGGCCACAUCCAGGCAGUGUUGGCCGCAUACCCCGAACUGGGGAAUGUCGGUGCGAAGGUGGCAACCCAAUUUGGUGCCCUCGAGCAUACCAUGAAGCCAUCCGAGACCAGCAUGCAUUUCAUCUCCGAUGUCAUCGGAGAAACAGCGCAGCUGGUGGACUCGGGCUACUUUCAUGUGGGCGGUGACGAAGUGGCCACGCAGCAAUGGUCGCGCUCCACCGUGGCACGGGACUUCAUGGCGUCGCACAGGCUGCGGCGCGUCGAGGGCAUCGCAGGGGUCAUGACGCAGAACGCAAUUAAUGCGGUGAAGCAUUUGGGACGCCAAGCGGUGGUCUGGGACGAUGCGAUGCACAACGGCGUCCCGUUGCCGCGCGACACCGUGGUGAUGCUCUGGCGCUCCUGGAUGGGCGUCAACAACUUGGCGAAGGCGGCACAGCAGGGCCAUGCGGUGGUGAUGUGUCCACAAGAUCGCAGCUACUUGGACCAGUUCCAGAGUCCCCACGGAGACCACGACGCCUUCGGAGCCACUGGAGGAUUCUUGAACACGCGGAAAGUCUAUGAGUUGGACUUCAAUGGUCAUGGCGCCAAGGUAUUGGGCGGCCAAGGGCAGCUAUGGAGCGAGUACAUCUCCGGUGGUGUGAGGGAAUUGGAUUACAAGGCCUGGCCCCGCGGCGCCGCCCUGGCCGAAGCCACGUGGAGCGGCCGCCACCGCCCGGGCUUCGGCGACUUCCAACGACGCCUGGAGCUGCUGCAGCCGGAGCUGCGACGAAUGCAGGUGAAUUUUCGCGAUGCAGAUGGUCAGCAAGCGCUGUCGACGGCAAAGGCAAUCGAGGUGCACCGUGAGCGGCACAUUGGGCUCCAAGUGCGAAGAAACAAAGCCAGGCCAGUGAGGCAUACGAGGCAUGGUGACACACAGGCACUCUUGGCCCAUGUCAGGAGAGUGGCAUCUACCAACGCGGCAGACGCCUCCAAGCGCCAUCGCGCCGUGGCGUUGCUGCAGCGCUUGCUGAAGGGUGGCGCCUCCAAGGGGUUGAAAGCACGGCGGUGA